AUGCCGUCGCAUACGGCGUAUGGCUUCCCCCUCGAAGCCUUCGACAGGUCCCGCCUUCCCGACGUCGACCGCGCAUUCAUGGACGCAGAAGACCUCAAGGCUUUCGAAACGGCGCUGCAAGCACCCGACCCGCUGCAGAGCCCCGUCGACGAUGCCGAUUCCAAAUCGCCGAGGAGGUAUUCGAGCUUCAACAUCACCAAGACGGACGACGGUGACGCUGCCGUCGUGGCGGCUGCCGCGGCCGCAGCCGGCGGAGAUGUACAGCCACCCGCCCAAGCACCCCAGAUGCCCACCCUGAGCCCGCCAACAUUCAUCACGGCGAAAAACGAUUGGGCUCCCGUCAACACAAGGGUCUACCGCAACAGGAGGCGCUCCCGGAAGGGCGACAGAAAGAAAGCCAAGGCUGCCGUGGAGGGUCUUCUGGGCACCCGCACCAAGGAUGAGACGAGGGAAGGGUAUUUUUAUCAGCUUGCCAAGUGGCCGCUUCUCUUCUUCGUCUUCGGUUGGCUGCUGUCGCUUACCGUCGCCUACCUGUCGACGCGAUGGUACAUCUGGGUCUAUGAGCACUUCUUCACCUGGCGUGGUCGAAGGGAGACGCUGCGCCGCAACCUCCGGAAGACGUCGAGUUACAAGGACUGGGUCUCGGCCGCCAAGGAACUCGAUUCGUUCCUGGGCAGGCAGACGUGGCAGGAGGAAAACGACUUUGCCUACUACGAUUCCGUCACGGUCAAACGAGUGUGGGCGCAGAUACGGAAGAUGAGAGCGCGAGCGGAAGAGCAGGAACGCUCCGGGGGGGGCAAGGCCGUCGGGGACCUGAAAGCGCUGAUCGAAGCCUGCGUCAAGAAUAACUUUGUUGGCGUCGAGAAUUCGCGGCUGUACAGCCAGACGUAUUACGGGACCAAGAAUCUGGUGCAGAAUUUCAUCGAAGAAGGUAGGCACUCUCUGGCCAGGGCGGGACCACGCUUCGGACGCAGCGUGCAGAUGGCUGACCGAGUGCUAGUUGCCAAGAGCAUAAACUUCCUGAUCAAGACAAGACAGCUCGGAGCGGAGGAGAAGGGGCUCCUGUUCAAGCACGUCUACGCCAACUACGGCCGCACAGCCCUGUGCCUGUCCGGAGGUGCCGCCUUUGCCUACUACCACCUCGGCGUCGUGAAGGCGCUGCUGGACGCGGAUCAACUCCCCGAUGUGAUUACCGGCACGAGCGGCGGCGCUCUCAUCGCCGCGCUCGUCGCCACACGAACCAACGAGGAGCUGAAGCAGCUGCUCGUUCCCGCCCUCGCGUACCGCAUCAACGGCUGCAGCGAGGGCGCCGCCGUCUGGCUCCCAAGAUGGUGGAAGACGGGCGCGCGGUUUGACUCGAUCGAUUGGGCCGAGAGGUGCGGGUGGUGGACGAGGGGGUCCAUGACCUUCCGCGAGGCGUACCAGCGGACCGGUCGCAUCCUCAACGUCACCUGCGUUCCGGCCGAUCCUCACUCGCCCACCAUUCUCUGCAACUACCUCACGAGCCCCGACUGCGUCAUCUGGUCGGCGGUUCUGGCCUCGGCCGCGGUGCCCGGCAUCAUCAACCCCGUCGUUCUCAUGAUGAAGCUGCAGGACGGCACCCUCGCGCCCUACUCGUUUGGUCACAAGUGGAAGGAUGGCAGCCUGCGGACGGACAUUCCCAUCAAGGCCCUCAACACGCAUUUCAACGUCAACUUUACCAUCGUCAGUCAGGUAAACCCACACAUCAACCUCUUCUUCUUUUCCUCGAGAGGCUCCGUGGGCCUGCCUGUGACCCAUCGCAAGGGCCGAGGCUGGCGCGGCGGAUACCUCAUGUCGGCCAUCGAAAACUACCUGAAGCUCGACAUGAACAAGUGGCUCAAGUUCAUCCGGCACGCGGAGCUGCUGCCGCGACCGUUGGGCCAGGACUGGAGCCAGCUGUGGCUGCAGGAGUUCAGCGGUACCAUCACCAUCUGGCCGAGGGCGGUCCUUUCCGACUUUUGGUACAUUCUGUCGGACCCGGAACCGGAACGACUGGCGCGAAUCAUCCAUGAGGGCCAGCAGAGCGCCUUCCCGAAGCUCAAGUUUGUUGCGAACCGGCUGAAGGUGGAAAGGCUGGUGGAGCAGGGACUGCGAGAGCUGAGGCCACGGCUCAAUAGCGGGGUCGGCCUGCCUUCGAGACUGAGCGAGGAUGACCUCAGAAACCUGCUUGUGAGUGGGAUGACGCCUAACGCGACGACGGAAGAGGACACGGACGGGGACGGAUACGACAUCACACCGGCGGUGACGGAUGAUUUGGCGGGUUCGGGGGACAGGAGCACCUGA